AUGGCCGACUUGGAAGCAGAGAGCAGGGAAAUCACAAUUACAUUGCCUAGUCCGGAUGGACGCUGUGAAGCCACAAUCCUUCUGGAGCAGAACGCUGACGCUACUCGUCCACCGCGCCUAGUCAGCGUCAGCAAGCACAAUGGAACACCGCUAGGGGCAGGGGCAACUCCCCCAGAACUACGCGAGACCCAUAUCAUACUCUCGACAGGCUCCGGCCACAAGCAAGCAGACUCCUUCUUCAAACAUGUGCUAUCGCCAAUCCUAUCCGAGCUCUAUGGCCGAGAUGUGCUGUCGAAAUUAAAGACACACACCACACAAUCCGAGACAAGCAUUCUUGAACUCACCAGUGACCUGCUCUUCCCUCAAGCCAACAAUGGCAAGCCCUUGCGAAUCAUCCUGGCAUCCGGUGAUGGCGGAAUCGUAGAUCUGGUCAAUGGCCUCCUCGCACAACCAGCAGGACCAUCAUACGUAGCGCCAGAGGUCAUUCUUCUUCCCCUCGGCACAGCCAACGCCCUCUACCACUCCAUCAAUAGUGGAAAAGACAACACAUGGGGUCUCCAAUCCCUCUCCUCUACCACCGCCAGACCCUUACCAGUCUUCACAGCAUCUUUUUCCCCGGGCGCUCGUCUCCUCGUCGACGAAGCCCGCAAAGAAGAAGAACUACCCAAAACUCCCAACGGAACUCCCAUCCUCCAUGGAGCUGUAGUAUGUAGCUGGGGCAUGCACGCCUCCCUCGUAGCAGAUAGCGACACAACCGCCUACCGCAAAUUCGGCAUUGAUCGUUUUAAAAUGGCUGCUACGGAGGCCUUGUACCCCGCUGACGGCUCACUUCCCCAUCCCUACAAGGCCAGCGUUUCGCUGCUCAGGAACGACAAAUGGACCCCUAUUCCUGAAGAAGAGCAUCUCUACGUUCUGGCAACCCUGGUGUCGAAUCUUGAAAAGUCGUUUUGCAUAUCGCCUGACUCGAAGCCAUUGGAUGGUAGUUUACGACUCGUACAUUUUGGACCAACGACUGGCGACGAAGCAAUGAGGAUCAUGGGGUUGGCAUAUCAGGGUGGGAAACAUGUCCAGGAUGGAAAUGUAAGAUAUGAGGAUAUCGAUGGCCUGAGAAUUGAUUUUCAAGGCAGAGAGACAGAGGCAAGAUGGCGUCGGAUUUGCAUCGAUGGGAAGAUUGUGAGAAUAGAGGAGGACGGGUGGGUGGAGUUGAGGAAGGAGGAGAGGAGGGUGUUGGAUGUUGUUGCGUCUUGA